AUGAGCACCGCUGCACAGCUACCUACAGCCCUCCUGAAGGCCAUCGGCAAGGCGCUGCCUCGCUCCAAGCCUCGUGUCGUCGCCGCUCUCUCUCUCGACCUCGUCGGAGUCUGGUUCGGGCUGCGGACUGCGGCGCUCGUCGACUCGUGUCUACUAUCGGAGAAGGAGGCGCGGGCGCUUGCAAACGCUCUCGAGACCCGCAAUGUCCACCUCAUGGUCUUGUAUGAGCCCGUGUCGGGCCAGACGCUCGUCGUCAAUCGCGACUUGCUCGAGGAACGGCUACUCGAGAAGGUCACGCUCGUCGACGUCGGCGGCCGAGAGCCGCUGCUCAUAUCGACCCCGCCGCCGUCCCUCGUCAGCCUCGUCACCUCGCUCGCCUGCCCAACACCGACUUCCUUCCUCUCGCUCAACCUCCCGAACCCGGACCGGCCGCACGACCUCAUCCCGCUCGUCGGUGUCCUCCUCGACUAUGCGGUCGCGUACACGCUCGGCGAGUCGGCGGGGCCGAACUGCCUCGGUGGGCGGGAGCUCGUCGUGGUCGAGGCGGUGUUAGUCGACGAGGGCGGCGCCAGACAGCGCCUUCUCUCGUUCUCGUACCCGCACAGCCUCUCGAUCGACGACCUCGCGCUCAAGCCUCUCGCCGUCGUGCACGCCCUGCAUCUCAAGCUCGACGUUCGCCUCUCGGCCGCUCAAGCGCACCAUCCGGAGCUAAGAGGAGUACGAGUCGAGGCGAACUGUCGGAGGGUCGUGCUGGACCAGGUGGCGUUGUAGACGAGGACGAGUUGCAGAGCGAAAUGUGGACGAGCAUCAACAGGAACGACGGGCACGGCGAGACUAUCAAGCUACAGAGACGAACAGAGAGAACGAGGAAGUGGGGGAACUAGAUCGACGAGAGGGCUGCGACCUGCAUGUGCGUCUCCUCGCUGAGCGCGAACCCGGCCGCCUCGAGCUCGACCCAGCCGUUGUCCUCGAUCGCGAGGUCGGUGCCGGCGAGAAGGGCCUUGACGUCGUCGAGCGGGAGCUGGGUAAAGGCGGGGAGGUUGAGGCGGACGCGGAGCUGGUUGAGAGGGCG